UCUCAAAACUCUCGAACCAUUUUUAACCUAAAUUGCCGAUUUCUUCCUCUUGCUUCGCAUUUCCAAUUCAUUCGACGCAUUCCAAUGGCUUUGCCGGACCAGAAGACUGUUGAUUAUCCGAGUUUCAAGCUUGUGAUUGUUGGUGAUGGUGGCACUGGAAAAACAACUUUUGUGAAAAGACAUCUCACAGGGGAGUUCGAAAAGAAAUAUGAACCAACAAUUGGUGUGGAAGUGCACCCUCUGGACUUCUUCACAAACUGUGGAAAAAUUAGAUUUUACUGUUGGGACACUGCUGGGCAGGAGAAGUUUGGUGGUUUACGGGAUGGCUACUACAUCCAUGGGCAAUGUGCAAUCAUCAUGUUUGAUGUUACUGCCAGAUUGACAUAUAAAAAUGUUCCCACAUGGCACCGUGAUCUUUGCAGGGUGUGUGAGAAUAUUCCCAUUGUUCUUUGUGGAAACAAGGUUGAUGUGAAAAACAGGCAGGUUAAGGCCAAGCAAGUCACAUUUCACAGGAAGAAGAACCUUCAGUACUAUGAAAUAUCUGCAAAGAGUAACUACAACUUUGAAAAACCAUUCCUGUACUUAGCCAGAAAGUUAGCCGGGGAUCCUAACAUUCAUUUCGUGGAGUCUCCAGCUCUUGCUCCUCCUGAAGUACACAUUGACUUGGCUGCCCAGCAACAGCAUGAAGCUGAAUUGGUAGCAGCUGCCAGUCAACCACUUCCCGAUGAUGACGACGAUGCUUUUGACUAAAAAUGGUCAAUCAUCUGGUGACAAUGCCCUUUGCACAUCUAUUUUGAGUGAGAUUUUUUUUUCUCCUUGCUAGGAUUAACAGAAGGGCAUAGGUGGGGCAGAGUAUGGGCGAGGAUUGGAACUUGAAUUUUGAAAAUGUUAGUUUUCUUCCCUCUAAAUGAAAGAAAUUUGAUGUGGUGUAGAUGGUGGGUUCUCUGUUGGUGAGAUUCUCUAUCGAUUAUAAUAGAGCCACAUGGCUUUCGAUGAAAGUUUCAUUAUGCAGAAUUUUUCUAUGGAGUGUUUUACUUUUUGAUUUGUGUUCAUUGUUCUCUUAUUUCCGUUGGACUUGAUGGAAUCCCAUUAUGGUGGUAACAUCGUGUUCUCAAGAAUAAGAAUAGGAUGUCAAAAGCAGACGAUGAAUUAGUAAGGUUUAUUUUUGGGGGUCA